GGACUUUUCUCAAAUACAAAUACUGAUGUAACCGUUUUGUACAACUUUCAAUCAAGAAUGGUAAUCCAAAUAACUAGAAGUUGAUGCAUAGUGAAAAAAAACAAAAAAAACACGGCAGUAUGGUUCAAAACAUUUCGUUUCAUGGAGCAAUAGAAUAAAGAAAGAAAACAAGAAGAAACACAGAUGACAAUCAGACAGCUCGAUAGGAAAGACUGGCACACGCUAGCACUGUCUGGUUCCCCUUCAGUGUGUAACUGGUGUUCCCGCUGCAACCAAUACAAGUUCCUCUUGUCUAACCCAGGAUCCAAUCAUGUGGGUAUUUGGAUAUGGUUCCCUUACUUGGAAGGUGGAUUUUCCUUACCAGCAGCGGGUAGUUGGAUACAUCAAAGGCUAUGCUCGCAGGUUCUGGCAGGCAAGCAUUGAUCACCGUGGAGUUCCAGGAAAGCCGGGAAGAGUUGUCACUUUGGUACCAUCUGAUGACCCUGAGGAAAAGGUUUGGGGUGUAGCUUAUAAGAUCAGCGAAGAAAAGCAGGAGGAAGUGAUGGCUCAUCUUGACCACAGGGAAAAGGAUGGAUAUCAGCGCACACCAGUGACCUUCUUCCCUCAGGAGGCUGCAUUGAAACCCUGGGAACUUAUUAUAUAUCUAGGUUCAGAAACAAACCCCUUUUAUACAGGCCCAACAAAGGAAGAUGAGAUCGCCCAGAUUAUAGCAUCAGCUGCCGGACCGAGUGGUUCAAAUAAGGAGUAUCUUUUCCAGUUAGCUCAGACUAUGAGGUCACUUAACAUAAAUGACAAUCACUUAUAUAGCAUAGAAAAUAAAGUGAAAAGCAUCACAGAAAAUUGCAGUCAAAUGACUUAAGGUUGUAGAAUGUGAAACUUUGUACUUGGAAGAUAGAGGGUAAAGUAUGACAAAGCCUGGAUGCUUUUAUGGAAUUGUGACUUUUGUAACUUGCGUUUACAAAUAAUUUUCAUCUUGGAGAAAUUAAUAGACUUUAAGAGGCAAGGGGGGAAAAGAAAUGAAUUUAGACCUCUGUAUUUAAUUUUGUUUAAAUGAGUUAGACAGUUGAGGAUAAGGACAUAUAAUCUGAAGUGAUUAUGUUCAGUAAAUGCAAAUGAAUGUGUUGACACAUUGUGACAUUGAGUUUAUUCAUUGUUAUUAAUGUUUCAAUGUUUUUAAUAUAUUUCAAGAGUGAGGACAUUUGAUAGACAAAAGUAAACUAAAAAAAAAAAAAUGCAUUAUAUAUAUUGAGAUAUUAAAAUCAGUUCCAGAUAUUUUGUUUCUUGCUUAAAACUGUGAUACAUCACAGAAAUGGAAAUUGUGACAUCAGUGCAAAUUAUUAUUAUUCAUUACUGUUAAUCUCAGUUACUUUGUGAUCACAACCAAAAUAUUUUAUAUUUUUAUAUUUCAUAAAUAAUGCUGACUUUUAAUUUAUCCUCUUCCCAAGUUUGCAAGACUAUUUAAAAAUGUAAAAAAGGAUUGUGAGUUUGAAGAUCAUAUAUACUGGAACAGAUUUUGCUAGUGAAGACCAAGUUUCUAGAAGACAUUAUGGACUUGACUUUUAUGAAUAUUUAUUUUAAGGCCAAUAGUGAGAAUUUUUAUUUUUGCGGUCUUUUAAAGCCCUGUUGAGGCCACCUUAACAAUCUAGUUUUGUAGGUAUUAACCCAACCACCAUGGAUUUAUGUUCUGGCCCCUGCAGUUUUUUGUGAAUUUUGUUACAUACAGAUGGCUCCACAUAUGUUCAGCUGGCAAGGAGUCUGUCAGUAGCCUUAGUGAUCGAU